AAUUUGAUUCUGAAACCCCCACAAAUCACAUCUCGUUUCUUCUGUCAAAUGACUCUAAUCUUCUUAUUCCAAUCUUCCCAACUUUUGCUAUAAAUACCACAUCUCCCAAAACCCACCACCCGGGCCCCCCGGGAGUCUUAUCUUCAUCACUGGAAGAAGACCGACCCAACUCACAAGCCUGAGACAAAAGGAGUUGCUGAUUUCCACCCAUCAAAAGCUAGCCAGCUGAGCUCCGAUUUUAGUCAAAUAGCUUUUGCGUGCAAAAGAGUGAAUUGCAAAGGAGAUGGAAAACAGAGAGAAACAGUACAAAGCUCAUGUUUUGGCUAUUCCAUUUCAAACUGCGGGCCACAUAAAUCCUAUGCUUCAGUUAUGUAAUAAACUCGUACGUAAAGGGCUGAAAGCCACACUAGCCAUCACCAAACGCACCUCCAAAGUUAGGUGUCCAAAAUCAGACAAAGUCCAGAUUGACAUAAUAUCCGAUGGCUAUGAUGAAGGUGGCUUCUUCAUAGUUGACCCUGUCCCAGUCUCCAUGGCUCGCUUUAAAGAAGUUGGCUCACAAUCAAUUCUUGAACUCCUGAAGAAGUAUGAAUCCUUAGGGACUCCAAUUGAUUUCAUCAUCUAUGAUUCGCAGCUACCUUUUGUGCUUGAUCUUUGUAAAGAAAUUGGUUUACCUGCAGUGGCUUCCUUCACUCAUCAAUGUGGUGUAAACUACAUAAUGCACCAGUUCUCUCAUGGAAAGCUGACUAAUCCAGUCACAGAGUUUCCAGUCUUGAUUCCAGGAUUGCCACCACUUGAACAUCAAGAUCUUCCUUAUUUUGGCAGUAAUAUACCAUAUCAGUUUGCACACAUAUGUACGCAGUUCUCAAAUGUAAACCAGGCGGAUUAUGUUCUUGUCAACACAUUUUAUGAGCUGGAAAAGGAGGUGGUGGAUGAAUUUUCCAAACACUUGCCAGUUCUGACAGUAGGGCCAACAGUUCCCACUUUCUACCUGGAUAGGAGAGUUGUAGAUGACAAAGAAUAUGGAAUCGCUCCAGCAGACAAUGACCCCUCAAUAUGUUUAAAUUGGCUAAAUAGCAAACCAGCCAGGUCAGUUAUUUACGCAUCGUUAAGUAGUAUAAGGUCUGCCAGUUUUGGCGAAAAGCAAUUAGAGGAACUUGCUUUGGCUCUGAAGAACAGCAACUACUACUUCUUAUGGGGUGUCAAACAUUUUGAGGCUGAAAAGUUGCCAAAAAAUUUUAAAGAAGAAGCAUCUGAUACAGGCCUUCUCGUCCCAUGGACUCCGCAAUUGGAAGUACUUUCGAGCGAGGCUGUGGGGUGCAUUCUCUCACAUUGUGGUUGGAACUCAACACUUGAAGCUAUAAGCCUAGGAGUGCCAAUAGUGGCAAUGCCACAAUUUUUAGAUCAACAACCAAAUGCUAAGUUUAUCCAGGAUGUUUGGAAGGUAGGGAUCAGAGUGAAGCAUGAUAGGAAUGGACUUGCAACAAGGGAAGAAAUUGGACGAUGCAUCAAGGAGGUAAUGGAAGGAGAGACGGGAAAAGAAAUAAAGGAAAAUGCUAUGAAAUUUUCCAAUUUGGCUAAAGCGGCAGUUAGUGAGGGUGGAAGUUCAGAUGCAAAUCUCAAUUACUUUGUAAGCAAGAUGACGAGUUCCUCUUGAUCAUCUUGUCCUUGAGAACCCUAUGUUGGUUGUAUUGUUUAUCUAUUUAAUCUUCAUUGACUUGUAUUUCGUGAUAUUUACUAUGAAAGAAUUUUAGCUAUCAUUUUUGUCGGACUA